AUGGCUGAGGACACCCCUGCUGUCUCGGCGCCCGCCCCCGACGCUGGUGAGCCGUCCGUCGAGCGCGCUCCCGCUGAGGCUCAGCCUGCUCCUGCAGAGUCUGCGCCUGAGCCUGCCAAGGAGAAGGAGGAACAGCAGACCAAUGGUUCGGAGGAUAAGCCAUCUGAGACUGCAACGGCAACUGAGGAGCAGAAAGAGACUACCGAGGCUUCGGCCGACAAAUCUAGCGCACCCGUUGGGACUGCCGACGCGAAACAGCCCGAAGAGAGUGCGACCGCGCCUGCAGAGCCCGAGGCCGCCCCAGCGUCGGAGGCCAACGGAACACCCGCAUCAGCUAAGAAGACUGGCGCCUCGAAGCGGAAAUCGACAGGAGCCGUGCCCGAACACAAGUCGAAACUGAGCCGCAAGAAGUCCCAGAUUCGCGUGACACACUUGAACGCACAGCCCGGCGAGUAUUUCCUCGCGCGUCUCCGGAGCUUCCCCCCAUGGCCCUCUAUCAUCUGCGAUGAAGCAAUGCUUCCUCAGACCCUCUUGAACACGCGUCCAGUAACGGCUCAGCGUUCCGACGGCACCUACAGGGAGGACUACGCCGAUGGCGGCAAACGCGCCCACGAGCGCACCUUCCCCGUGAUGUUCUUCGAGACCAACGAAUUCGCGUGGAUCCCUAACACCGAUCUGAGCCCCAUUGAUGCCGCUGGCUGCAAGGAGGUGUCGGAAAAGGGCAAGUCGAAAACCCUUCUGGCUGCAUAUGCCGUGGGUGCCGAAGGCCAUGACCUCCAGUACUUCAAGAACCUCCUGGCAGACCAUCAGCGCGCUCUCGAACAGGAGACAGAAGAGCGAGAGGCCCAGGCAGCUGCCAAAGCGGCCGCCAAGGAGGCCCGAGAGGCCAAGAAGAACAAGCGCAAGAGCAUGGAGGUGGUCGAUGAUGACGACGAUGUCGACAUGGAGGAUGCAGAUGAGGAGGCAAAGAAGCCCAAGAGCACCAAGAAGCGCAAGAAGGACAACGAUGCCGAGGGCCAGGCCGAUGAGAAGACUCCAUCCAGUGAGGUCGGAAAGAAGACCCCUGCUUCCAGCAGAGCCAAGCAGACGGCCAGCAGCAAGAAGGUCGGUAAGGCUGCUGCCAGUGAUGACGGUGAGGACUCUCGUGCGGCAUCGAAGGAGCCCGAGAAGAAGGUCAGUCAAGAGGAGGCUAAGGAAAAGAAGGAGAAAGAGAUUCUCUUCGUGCGCCACAAGCUCCAGAAGGGGUUCAUUUCUCGUGACCAACCCCCCAAGGAGGAAGAAAUGACAUCCAUGUCCAACUUCUUCAGCAAAUUGGAGAAACAUGCUGAUCUUGAAGUCUCUAUCAUUCGUGCCACGAAGAUCAACAAGGUCCUGAAGAUGAUCGUCAAGCUCAGUUCGAUUCCCCGGGAUGAGGAGUUCCAAUUCCGGCAGCGUGCUGUGAACAUCCUGUCCAAGUGGAAGACCUUGCUGGAUGCGGACGCCACUGGUCCAUCGGAUGACAAGGACAAGGAGGAUAAGCCCAAGGCCAACGGCAUCCACAAGGAGAGCAGCGUCGAGACGCCGGCCAAGGCUGAUACCGAGAACGAGAAGGAAGAUGAUAUCAAGGAGAGCAAAACAGACACUGCUGAACCUCAAGAUGAGCCGAUGCCUGAUGCUGAUGCUGAUGCGACUGAGAAGCCACAAGCUCCAGAGCCGGCCACGGAGGAGGCCGAGAAGGCUGUUCCCAAGACCGACGAGGCCACGACGGAGAAGGCCGCGGAGGAGACAUCAGCGGAAAAGAAAGUGACGGAGGAGAAACCUGCCACCGAGAAGGCCGAGGAGAAGCCGACGGAGACGGCAGCAUAA